AAGAAGUCUAUGACUAUUGUCUUUUGUUUCCCGGCUUCUCAUAUUACACUAAACUGCAUUCUGGAAUGCAAAAUAACGAAAAACAAUAUACGUCAGUCUCAUGUGACUUUUUUCUAAUCCUAAUCGAAUGUGUCAUUGCUACAGGGACGACUGCGGACAUCAGUUGUGAUUUUCGUUGUAUACUGUACAAAAUGGAGUUUGAUUUGUCAUUGCUCGGUGUCUUUUGGCUCCUGAUAAAUCCUGCUUCCUCUUUAGAUACUGACGAAAAACAUCCUGCUGGUGACCCGCGGAAAUGUUUCGUCGGUAAAAAUAAGAUAUUUAGGUUUGAAGUCAUUCCCGGCGGCGGAUGGGAUAACUUGAUAAAUAAAGACACCGGUAUGAUAAUGGGACUGAAUUACUCGCGAUGCAGGACUACCGACGAUGGUAAAUUUCUCAUCCCCGACGACGUGUACACCAUCCCUAUAAAAAGUAGUAAAGUGGAGACGUACGCGGAGUUAAUUACACACUGGGACAACUACACCAGCACUUUAUCAAGAUCGGUGAAUGCGCAUGGUGGCCUUCAUUUUUCGUCGGUGUCGAUCAGCGGAAAGUAUUCCAAUGAGUAUAAGAGUGUGAAAUCACGACAAUACUACGAUAAGUCGAUGACGACCCGAGUCCAGGCUCGAUAUGUUCUGUACACAGCUAUGAUGGAACCAAGUGCCGUUAUAAAUGACGCUUUUCGAUUACGUCUGCAAAAGAUAGCUACUUAUGUAACUCUUAACCGUACAGAUCUCGCACGCUACGAAAGUCAACUUCUCGUACGAGACUAUGGAACACAUGUGAUAACGAGCAUAGAUGUAGGAGCUGCUCUUGCUCAGAUAGAUGAGGUAUCCUCAAAUUAUGUGAGGAAAUAUGAUUCAGAAAAGCACAAGGUAGUGGCUUCUGCCAGUGCAAGUUUCUUCGGUGUUUUUGAUUUCGGUGCGGGAUAUUCUGAAACUACUACAAAGACAAUGAUUGAUCAAUACAAAAAAGAGCGGACAUCAUCAGCUGUAAUCACGAUUGGUGGUCCUGCAUUUAGACCUAAAGACUUCACAGCAAACAACUGGACAGACUUCAUUGCAAAUGAAAUGGUUGCGUUAGACAGAUCCGGGAAACCGUUAUACAGCAUCAUACGUGACUCAGACUUUCCUAAUGUCCCUCAGUCCGUAACUUUUGACGUAAUAGAUUACGUGAAGGAGGCAGUGCAUAUAUACUAUGAACAUAACUCUCACCGCGGAUGUACAAAUCCCGAUUCGCCAAAUUUCAGUUUUCAAGCAAACAUGAAUGAUGAUUCGUGCCAUGCACCAAUGACAAAUUUUACAUUUGGCGGUGUUUAUCAAACGUGUGAAGCAAGUAGUUUCCCUAAAAAUCUGUGUAGCGGCAAGACUCAAAAGAACCCCCUGACAGGAAAUUAUAAUUGUCCAUCUGGUUACGAGGCUGUGCCUCUCCAUCGGGAAAACACACCGGUGUGCCACAAGUGUUGGUUGGUCUUCACGUGUUGUUCAACACCUAGCAUUUUUGCUUACUGGUGUGCGGCAAGCGGUCAAGUUGCAAUCAACAGCGGUUUCCUGUUCGGAGGACUUUUUACAUCCACCGUAGUAAACGUUUUGACACAGCACCAGAAUUGUCCUCCAGAGUUUUAUCCUCUUAAAGUUCUCGGAGAUCUGACAGUCUGUGUGAGUAACGAUUAUGAACUAGGGUACAGAUACUCUCUACCAUUUGGAGGGUUUUUCUCCUGUAACGCGGGCAACCCAUUGUCACUAAAGGAAAGGGUGAAUUUUCUACAAAGCAAUGGAAAAGUUGAUUUCUUGACAAAGUUCAUGAUGGAACAAGGUGUAGAAUCAUAUCCUAAAACCUGUCCAAAAGGAUACAGCCAACACUUAGCUGUUGUUUACGAUGGAUGUAGUAUCAACUACUGUGUAAGGACAGGAGCGCUGUCAGAGCAAGGUCUUCCAAAGGUACAGAGACCUCCAUUCAUGAAAGCUCCUAGAGACCAGUACACAAUGAUAGACGACAAGGACAGUGUAUUCAGCGAUGAUCAAAAUUUUAUGGCAAGACUGAAAGAGGUUGUGCUAAAUGCAAUCUCAGAAGAAGGACUAGACGGUCAGUACACAGAACUGACCCCAGCAAUGGAAGGGUUGAAAGGCAGUGAGAAAACAACGGAUACAAGAAGGCUUUCAAGUGGUGGAAUUGCAGCGGUAUCAGUUUCCGCGACCCUCGUUUGCGUUUUGAUAGGCACAACCAUCGUCAUUACGAUAAAGCGCCGCAAAAGUAGACCGUACAAAGAGGUUGAUCCGUGGGCUAGGUCAACGACGGACGGGAGAAUUUUACUGACAGGUACAAGACAUUACAGUCGUAUGGAUGAUACACCAGUUGUUGUUUCUAGUACUUAGCUCUAAACGUUGCAGUUUGCCGCAAUAGUAAUUGAGACAAAUUCCUUAGCUGCAUAGUUCUCUCUACUACAGUGUCUGCACUAUGACCUAGUUGUUGUUUUAUGAAAACUAUUGUGAUCGGUCUUAACAUUAUAACUAUGAAGAAAUACGCAGUACUCUGAAGAAGUUUUAGUUGUGUCCACGUAUUAGUAAUUGUUUCAGUCAAGAUUGUUUAGAUUUGCAUAUCAUCGUUGAUUAUUUUUUAAUUUGCAUUUCUUUAGAAGCAUUUAAAUUUGGGACUUUUCUGGACUACGACACGGAAGAACAUUUUGACUGAAAAAUCGUUAUUCAUAUACACAAACGUAUUAAAGACGAAUUUAGUUACACGCAAAAAGCAGAACGAAUAUACAGACAUACCAAGAUAACAUAAAUUUGCUCCGCAUUCAUGGUAUAUUUACACCAUAAAAAGAAAGGGGAAUUUAGAAAAGUAUUUCCCCUUUUUAAACCACUUAUGAAACGGAAAACCCAAAAUGCAUGUGAUAUCAUUGUAGUUUUCUUCCGCAUUAUACAUUUUCUCCACUUCAUGCUAUUUGCUUAAGAAAAGUUACAAGUUGAAGGUUUGUCGUAGUGAGGAAAUGCACGCGUGUUACACUGUAGUGUCAUAAAUGCAUUAGAUCUAUACAAAGAUGAAGUAUUUUAAGGCAUCCGAUCCACAAAUAAGCAAGUUUUAUAUACCAGUGCUAUUAAAAUAUAUCAAGUAUUGAUGCCUGGUAAGCUCAUAUAAUUUUGGUAUCAUUUGAAAGUGUAUUGUCUACUGAAAAAGAAAAUACAAAUUACAUGACAAAAAAUAUGUUAUAGAAUUUUUAUUUUUUACUUUCUAGUCUCAAAUCGGAUACUUCAACAGAAAUCCAGUUAUUACAGUGUAAGAUUUAUCAUUUCGCAGUCAAAAAACAGGACUGUACUGAUUCAUGCAUAUAUUAUUAUGGUCAUCUUAUUCACCAAUUCUUGUUCAGCAGACACACCUCUUUCAAAUGAUACUUAAAAAAACAUGGGGUAACCAGGCAUCGAAAUGUUACCUAUCUGUGGAUGGGAUACCUUAAUAAAAAAUCCUUUUUCCUCUAACAUCUAGUAAAGUCCAGUACUUCACAUUACAGUGGAGAACACAUUGUUUGGCUGACCUCUGAUUUUGAAGAAACAUGCAUCCCAUCCAAAUCCACGACUCUAGUUACCUGCAUGCCACUGUAAUAUCAGACAGUGAUAAUUACGUUAGGAUUUGGACUAUAUAUAGCCUAGCUUUUGAAUACUCACAUGUUCGACAGAGGUGAACUCUUCAUUUCUAAUAUUGUAAUCAUAGAAAGAUUAAGUUUUACUGUUUCCCUAUAAACUAAUAUGAUUAGAAAUCAGUCCCAAUCUAUCCGUAUUCCAUCGUCGUCGUCCGACAUGAAAAAUUCUAAACUGGUUGAGCUGGGAUCAAAAUGUAGGUCAGUAGGUGAAUCAUUGUGAAAAUUGUAGAAAACGUUACAGCUUGCGUCUCCAUUCUUUUGUUGUUAUUAUACGGCCGGGGGACGUCUUUUGGGAUACAACAGGUGUUCAUCUGGCCGUCUGUCUGUCUGUGUGUCCGUCUGUCCUUUAGCAAUUUCGUAUCGACUCUGCUCUGUAACUCGUGAACCCCUUAAAGGAUUUUAAACAAACUUGACAAAUGUUCUCCACAUCAAGACGACGUGCAGAGCACCUGUAUCAGGUGGCUCGCUUUAAGGUCAAGGUCACUCUUAGGUAUCAAGGUCAUAUGACUUUGUUUCGUGUCCGCUUUGUAACUCUUGAUGUACUUGAGGGAUUUUAAAGAAACGUUGCACAAGUGUCCACCACAUCGAGACGACGUGCAGAGCGCAUGCUUUGAAUGGCUAGCUACAAGGUCAAUAUCACACUUAGGGGUCGAAGGUUAUAUAACUUUGUUUCGAGUGCGAUGUGUAACUCUUGAACUCCUUGAAGGAUUUUAAAGAAACUUGGUCCAAAUGUUCACCACAUUAUGACGACAUGCAGAGCUCAUGGCUCGCUUCAAUAUUUUUGGCGGUAUGUGUAGCAUAACUAUAUCUCUUUGAUUGACAGAAACGCGGAACAAAGCUUUCCGUAAGACAGCGAGCUCGACUUUUCUCAGUGCUUGACUCUGAAUUAGAGCUUUGCCAGUAAAAUAAAAAUCCGAGUUAAUACGGCGGGACAUAACUCAAAAUUCAAAUCCGGGUAAUGGGGAUUGUUUCUCCACGUGUAGACCUUGAUAGUAAAAAGUAUUUAAGUUUCAAGUAAAAAACUUCAAUAGUAACAGAGAUAUUUAACUUUUAAAUUAUCAAAAAUUUUAACAAAUACAUUUAAGUAAAAAGGGGGCAUAGUUAUGUCAAAAUUCAAAUCAGAGUAAUGAAGGUUGUUUUCCUGGUGUAGACUUCAAUAGUAAAUAACUAUUUUAAGUUUCAAGUCAAUAGCUUUGAUAGUAACAGAUAUUUGACCUUAUCAAAAACUUUAACCAGAAAUUCUAGGUUGAAAAGGGGCAUAAUUUUAUCAAACUUCAAAUCAGAGUUAUGGGGAUUAUUUCUCCUGAUGUAGACUUUGAUAGUAAAUAACUAUUUUAAGUUUCAAGUCAAUAGCUUUGAUAGUAAUAGAGAUAUUUGACUUUAUCUAAAACUUAAAAAAAAAACGCCGACGCCGGGGCGGGCGCAAUGGCUCUACUUUUUCUUCUAAAAGCCGAGCUAAAAACAGGCACAUCCGAAUUUAUAUUACCUACUACAUAGUGAUGAAAUAAUAACCCAAACCCUAUUGCCGUUAUAAACUCUUUUUCCUACCGCGCAUAAUUUAAUCAAAUUAUGUUGAGACGGUCCCAUUGAAAAUCCUAUGGUUUUAGGUGUCCACAGUCCACGAAGACUUAUUUCGCAAAUGUCUAAUAUCAGUUGGACUACAUGUACACUGGAUGCUUAAUCCUUGUCUAGAGGUGAACUAUAUACCUGCAGAGUGUUACUUUAAUAAGGUUAGCUUUUAGUGAACUAAAGGGAUGUUUUCCUUUAAAGUAAUAUUAUGAUAAAAAUCAUUUAAGUGUUGACUGUAUUAAUGUAUAAAUAGAUAUUUAUCCCUUUCAUAAUACAACAUAACCCUAAACUAGUUGUAGAGAUUUAGUUUAAUUAGUUCAAAAAUGUUGCAAACUUAUAGUAACGUUUCUACUGUGGGGAAAGUACAUAUAGUCACUAACUUGCCUGUCCGCAUACUAGUCACCUUUAGAGAACACCAACUUCCAAAGAAAUACAAAGUAACAAAACACAGAAAAAUACGUUAAAGUAAGAACCUUCGCCUGGUCUGUAGAUGACAAACAAUUAUAGUCAAAAUGACUUUACCUAUCUGUUGAUGGCUACUUAAAAUAUUUAAGGUCAGACAGCCUGCUACCUUGAAUAUCAGACUUUUUUACACUAGUGCUCAACAGAAGUUGAAAGUAAAUCAUCCCUUUUGUUCAUAGUACGUUGGAUUUAAGUUAAGAUCUACAUCUUUUACUUAAUUGCAAUUAGAUUUGUGACUAAUAACUGAUGUUUUUUUUUUUGUUUGUUUUUUUUAAAAGAGGUUGACUUCCUUAUAGUGGAAACCUGAAUAUUUAAUCACAUUUUUGCCACAGUUUAACAACAAAAAACUAGCAAAACAUAUAAAUAGUAAUACUUCUGAACAAUUUUUUUGGGAAAUCCACGAUUUGGUGGAAGCGUUAAAUACAGUUUUUUUUAGGUAAAAGCACAUGUGUCUCCAAAUGGAAUAGUGACUGGAUAUGCAAAGAUAGUGUUUGGAACAGAAAUGAAUAACAGCGCACGUUCAUUUUAUUCGGUAUUCAAAAAUAAAAAUGUUUAACUUGAA